GAUUUUAUUAACCUCUAAUAACGUCUACUGCGAUCUUUAGAUUGAAUGAGUGAGAGCUUGGAAUUACGUAACAGCGUUUCGAAUUAAAUGAAAAUGUUAAGAGAGUUUAGGUUAUGUACGCCUAUUCUUUUCAGAUCAUGGCCGUAUCAGAAUUAUCAGAAAUAUAAAUUUAAUUACACUGAAAACGCAAAAUAGUGAUUGAAAUAAUAAGUAAUAUCUGUAAUUGUACAGUCUUUCUACAACGUAAAUGUGUAUUUGUUUUAUUUGUUAGUAUGAAGAUUGUUGCAAGAAACCGUAUUUGUAUUUUGUACACGGUGGCAAAACGUGUUCCAUUUAUGAUGUGAUGAAUAAAGUCAUCGAGUGAAUAAUUUGUGACGUGUGAAAACCUGAAGUAUUUUGGUACUGUAAAUUAAAAUUACUAAUUAAUGCAAAGGCAUCAAUAUUGAUAACAUGGAUCUACCAGUGAACGAGGAAAAUCUGCAACAGAUAUUGGAUAAGUUGUCUGAGGAUGAGACUUCUAUAAAGAAAAAUCUAGAUACCAUCCUUGCUCGACAGUGUCACGUAGAGGCAAAGCUACAAAAUAUCGGCAAAGUAUUGCCAAAUGUAAUAGUAAUACGUACGGAAGGGGAAAAGUUUCGUGAUAUGAUCGCUCGUACUAACGAGUUAGCAGAGAACGUUAGUGCUAAAGUAAGGCAACUGGAUUUAGCAAGAAGCAGAGUGUGCGAAUGUCAAAAUAGAGUGAAUGACAUUCUGGAUUUACAAUUAUGCAGCGAGGGAGUGGCAACGGCGUUGCAUAAUGAGAAUUAUGAGCAGGGUGCUGCUCAUGUUCACCGUUACUUGGCAAUGGAUCAACAAUUGCUGGAAAGAACAGCAGAAGAUGUGUCGGGAGAUCAUACUAGUAUUAGCAGUUCUUUGGUUACCUUGCAGCAAGCCGCGAUGCAACUCAGGGCCGUUGUCACGCACAAAUUUGAUGAAGCUGUGAAAUCUGAAGACUUGGCAUCCGUCGAGAGAUUCUUCAAGAUAUUUCCACUAUUGGGGAUGCAUUUAGAAGGGCUCAAGAAAUUUUGCAGUUAUUUGUGUACCAAGCUCCACGAAACUGCACAGAAGAAUCUGGAGGUGGCAUUGGAAGUUAAAAGUAACGAUAAGAGGGCAGCUGUCAUUUUUGCCGACACUAUGACUCUCUUGUUCGAAGGAAUCGCGCGCAUCGUAGAAGUGCAUCAACCAAUUAUCGAGACUUAUUACGGGCCUGGUAGACUUUUAAUGACAAUCUCCAUUCUGCAGAAGGAGUGCGAUAGACAGGUGAAGAAAAUUAUUACAGUGUUCACGAAGCAUAGAAACAUAUCCAAGAACGUGCAAAUGAUAAAUGAGUAUUCGCGAAAAGUCCCGAGUCCCGAGAGAAUCGAUCCCAAGGAGCUCGAUCUCCUUCUGGGAGAAAUUACUAUAAUGCAUUCGAGAGCGGAACUUUAUGUACGUUUCUUGAGGAGGAGAGUGAAGAACGACAUAGAGAUCAGUACGACGGACGAGACGCAGUGCGCGGAGUUGUUGAAUGAAUUCGAAGCGAUGGUGAACAAUUCCGAAUUGGCGCACGGAAUGCAGGAGCUGCUCGGUGCUUAUCUCGCGUUAGAGCGAUACUUCCUCGAGGAGAGCGUGAACAAGGCUCUGGGUAUGGACGCACUCGACCCGGAUCAGCAAACUUCCAGCAUGAUCGACGACGUGUUCUUCAUAGUGCAGAAAUGCGUACGACGCGCCAUGUCGAGCUGGAGCGUCGACGGUGUUUGCGCCGUGGUCAAUAUGGCCUGUGGCAUCCUGGAAGGCGAGUUUGCGAAUAGACUGAGGAACAGACUGCGUCAGGGUUACCCGGCGGGUUACCUCGACCUGGCGCAGGCAUACAACGCUCUCCAAACGAGCAUACAGCACGGCCGUCUGCAGACCUCUGACACGGAGUAUGCCCGGCUCAUGUUCUUGGCAUACCUAAAUAACACCGACGUGAGCACCGAGUACGUGGAAACGUUGUGCAAGAGUCUCAGCAUGGAGAUAGACGCGACGUUCCCGAACAUGCAGAAGAAGGAUAGGGGCAAGAUCGACAGCUGUUUGUCCAGCCUGAAAGGCGUCAUACUGAUUUUCCGGGGCGUCAUCGAUUACGGUUUGGAGCAGUUACGCGUCAGCGCCGUGAAGCCUAGAGUUACCCCGUGGGUCGACGCAUUUCUGUCUAUAGAUCAUCAUAUUAACGAGGAUGAAUUACUGAGAUACGAAACGGACGAGCCGUUCGUGCAGACGUUAGUCACGAACCUGGACGGCCUGCUCCAAGGAUUCAAGGGUAGCCUAACGACCUCCAACUACGACGCACUCAUUGGACUUCUGACAGCGGAGGUUACAGCGCGCUUGGAGAAGGUGGUCCUAAAAUCGACUUUCAAUCGAGCAGGAGGUCUGAUACUGGACAAAGAGAUAAGAUCGCUAGCCAGUUACCUGGCAGCUGCCACAUCGUGGUCGGUGAGGGACAAGUUCGCGCGUUUGACGCAGAUCGCCACUAUUCUGAGUAUAGAAAAGGUGGAGGAACUUGCGGAUUAUUGCGGAGCGGACGCGAUAGCGUGGCGAUUAACGCCGUCGGAAGUGCGACGUAUCGCGUCUCUGCGAAUAGACUUCCGGCCGGAAGAUAUCAAGAGACUGAAAUUGUAACGUCGUUACAUCUGUGUCAUCGCAAUUGUCAUAUGUUGUCGAGUAAAUGUGCUUGUGCAAUUAAAUAUACGUAUAUUUUACAUAGAAAAAGCA